AGACAGUCACCCAUAUGACUCUCACAGACAGAAAGAAAAUCUAACUCACACACGUACGUACACCUACCCACCUAAUUUCAUUUAUCUUUCUUCAACCAUACACAUGGGAACCACCAUUUUAGAAGCCCUGAACGUCCGAGUAGUUGGUUCCGGCGACAAAAUUGUUGUUUUCGCCCAUGGAGUCGGCACUGAUCAAUCAGCCUGGCAGCGCAUUCUUCCAUUUUUUACUCAAAACUACCGAAUUAUCCUCUAUGACCUUGUUUGUGCCGGCAGCGUCAACCCCGAUUACUUUGAUUUUCGAAGAUACACCACUCUCGACGCUUAUGUCGACGACUUGCUCAACAUUCUCGACGCUCUUCGGGUGAAUCGUUGCGCUUACGUCGGACACUCUGUUUCGGCUACGAUCGGUAUUUUGGCUUCCAUUAGACGCCCUGAACUCUUCUCUAAACUCAUCCUCAUCGGCGCUUCUCCCAGAUUCUUGAAUGAUAAGGAUUACCAUGGAGGAUUCGAGCGACCGGAUAUAGAGAAUGUUUUCUCAGCAAUGGAGGCCAAUUAUGAAGCGUGGGUCAACGGUUUUGCCCCGCUAGCUGUUGGGGCGGAUGUGCCGGCGGCGGUCAGAGAAUUCAGCCGGACGCUUUUUAACAUGAGGCCAGAUAUUACGUUGUUCGUGUCUAGAACAGUUUUCAACAGUGAUUUAAGAGGUUUACUAGGGUUAGUCAAGGUGCCGUGUUGUAUAAUUCAGACAGCUAAGGAUAUGUCCGUGCCGGCAUCUGUGGCGGAGUAUUUGAAAAGCCAUUUGGGUGGCCGGAACACGGUGGAGAUAUUGAGAACAGAGGGUCAUUUGCCGCAUUUGAGUGCUCCGGCGCUGUUGGCUCAAGUUCUUCGGCGGGCCCUUUCAAGAUAGAAACAAGACGAGAAAAAUGUGUUUGAGGGGUUUGUUUUGGCGUCAACGGGGCUAAGUUAGGAGUUUAGCUUAGCAAAAGUGGGGUCCAAGAAAAAGAUAAUGUAAUUUAAUAAGAGUGGAGAUGUUGACACCUGGAGAAUAAUUUGUGGACAUUAGCCCUUUAUACUUGGGAUUAAUUUUGUGCAUGAUGUUUGUUUAAGGAUAAGGCUGGCCACGUGAUAAUCACGUGGUUUUGUGGUCCCUUUUGUUAUAGUACUUCUAAUUUCCUUA